AAAUUGAGAUGUGUCUGCAAUGAACAUUGAAAUAUUACAAUGGGAUAAGCCGUAGACCUAGACUAGGAUGUGUAGCACAUAUUAGCACUUAAUAGGGCAGCUUGUCACAACAGUAGCUUCGAGUAUAACUUGCGAGGGCAAGAGAAAUGUAGAAAAAAAUCUGUAGCGUCAGAUGUGCCUACAGGAACCCACAUUCGCUUUUUUACGCUCAGAGUCCGUUUUAUUAAGGACACAUUAAUGUAUAAUCAAAUGCACCUCAUAAAACUUUUAUUGAUGGACAUAAAAACAUUAUGACCUGCUUCUUAAUAAAUACAAUCAGUACACAAAUAUUACAUCCUGUGUCAAACUUGCAAAACCAUAUUCACAAAUGAAAGCAUGUCAUUUACUGUUGAUUGUUCAAGGAAAGUAAAAUAUAACAUUCAGCACUGAAAUGUGGGCUCUUUCCUUUUACAGCAUGUUAUUACAUUUAUUUUAUGAGGACUUACAAGUCAGUAGUCUAUAAAAUACUUUACAAGGGUCGUGUACAUGACAUACCUCGUGACGAUAUCUUGUAAGAUUUUACAUUUAGUUGAAAUUAUUUCCGCAGACAUCAACGAUGCGAACUGCUUAUGAAAUACAUGGGUGCAUUAAUCUAUGUGGGAAAAAAUAGUCCGUCACCCCCUUUACGCGCCAACACGAUUUUAGUACAGAAUUGCACCAAAUCUCUUCCACAUUAAGUUUGACCUCCGGUAUAUACUAAGAACUCAUGUGUUAUACUCAAACUAUGAAAUGAAACGGAUCUCCAGAUCAGCGGAUUGAUUUACUCACUGUAUUGGUAAAUAUGAUCACGUGAUUCAUGUAACCAAUCGCUGAAGAUGAAGCCAGCAAAAAUACUAUGAUUGUUCAGAGGGAAGGUUUCCGUAACAGUGUAACCUUUUAUAUGACUGCGAAGGGAUCCAAAUAUGUCGUCGAGCGCAGCACUAAGUAACUAUUAUGUGGACUCUAUAAUGGGACAUGAAGCUGAGGAUGUUUACGGCGCGCGAUAUGUCCAAAGCUCCCACACGAGCUCCGCAAGGCCGUCAGGUGUCGGGGGAGAGAACGCUGAAUUUUCUUCCUGCAGCUUUGCACCCAAGUCAGCCGUUUUCUCCACGUCCUGGUCCUCGGUUCACCCCCCGUCUACUGCUGCAGUAUCUGGGAUCUACCACCCGUAUGUCCACCAGUCCCAUAUCGCAGGCACAGAUAGCAGAUAUGUGCGCUCCUGGAUAGACCCAAUCUCGACCCAUGUCUCUUUUUCCGGUUUCCAUACGAACAAUCGACAGUACGGCGCGAAGGCUGAGAGUGUGCCGUCGAAAAGGACCGAGUGCCCCACGCUUGAAGCAGAAAGUCCGGGAGCCCCCGAGUUCACAUGCGGAACAGAGUCAGAAUGCGUCGAUAAAGCCACCAAAGAUCCCGGGGGUAGUGAUGUUUCCAGCCCUAGCGAGCCCAAAGACGAGAAGCAACAACAACUUGACCCAAGCAACCCAGCGGCCAACUGGAUCCACGCACGCUCGACGAGGAAAAAACGCUGUCCUUACACAAAAUACCAGACUCUAGAACUGGAAAAAGAGUUCCUGUAUAAUAUGUAUUUGACAAGAGAUCGACGCUAUGAAGUAGCACGAAUUCUCAAUUUAACCGAACGGCAGGUGAAAAUCUGGUUCCAGAACAGAAGAAUGAAGAUGAAAAAGAUGAACAGAGAAAGAGGAGGCAAAGAUCUACUAUGACAAAUUCCAGGCGGUUGGGGGAAACGUAUUUUGUGUUUUUAUCUAUGUUAUCUCUUGUGUUUAGAAUAAAACGUUGUUAGGGACCUAAA